AUGAGAUUCUACACAUUCGUCCUCUUUGGAUCCCAUGCGCUAGCUCCAUUACUCGCUGAAUUCAUCACUAAGCAUCUCGAGUGGAAGGCCGCCAUCUGGUUUGAAACAAUCGUCGUUUCUGUGACCACCGUCAUCAUAUUCUUCGGCAUGGAAGAAACAAUUUACUUUCGAUCGGUUGUUGAAAGUGUCAGUGAUGAUCCGCCCAAGUUGGUUUCCAAGGACGAAAAAGCCCAAGAAGCAAUUGAAUAUCUGGCUGGCGAAAAGGAUGGCGGGUAUGCGAGGGCCAGAGCAAAGACUUCGGAUUCUCGCAUAGCCUCUGCGGGUGGUUCAUUUCUAUGGGCCUUUGGCGCUGCCCAUCAGGUACAUUGCAUAGGAGAGAUGUUCGCGCUCCUGUUCCUCAGCUUCGGUAUGGUAGUUGGCGCAACAACGGCAUUGGCAUACAAUGUUGACUGCUUCAAAGACAUUUGUGGCGAGAAAUUGAUUCUGGUGAUGAUCGUCCGCAAUACCAUGCGCUAUAGAAUGGCCUAUGGGAUCAAACCGUGGCUACAGCGAGUGGCUUUCAGACUACUAUGA